AUGCCUGCACAAUCUUUUGAAUAUAAAUCAUAUGUGACAAGUAAUGAAUCUAGGCACGAUCAAGACAUUCACUAUAAAAUGUCAAAGAAGAUCGCUCAGCUUACAAAAGUUGUUUGCAUGCUAAAUACACGAAGUGAAGACUAUGUCGAUCUUUUUAAACAAAAUUCUAAGAUUCAUGAAGAUGAAAUUUGUGACUUGAAGAACUCUUACAGUUCAAAAAUAAGGGAUUUAGAAAAAAAACUGGAAAAAGAGAGGGACAGUAGUUGUACUGUGCUUUUGCUGGGAAAAUGCAUUGAUGAAAAGCAGCAAAAGAUCAUAGAGAUGGAAUCUGAAUAUGAUAAACUCAUAAACGAAUAUCAGUUAAAAGAAGAAAUGAUGAAAAUGAAGCACAAUACAGAGAUAAUCAAUCUUCAGCAAACUUUGGUUGAAUAUAAAGAAAAAUAUGAUAAAGAAUUGAGUGAAGUUAAACAAUUUGCUGAGCAGUGGAAAUCUCAUCAAUGUCCAAAUAUUGAACGGAUUUCAAGUGAAAAAUUACAACUUGAGGCUAAAUUAAAAAAUUUGGAAGAAAAAUAUUCUUUGUUAGAACUAGAUAAAGAAAGUAAAAUAAAAGACCUUAUAGAGUCAUAUGAAUGUAAAAUUCAAGAAACUAUAAAAUUCAUAAAAGAUGAAAAAACAAAAAAAGAGAAUGAACUUCUGACGAUUAAUAAAAAUCUUUUAAAUGAUUUAAAAACUCAACAACAUAUCUAUGAACAGUCAGUAAUUAGAAAUAAUGAAGAAAAAGAUGAAUUGGUUAACAGCGUUAAAAGUACUACAGAGAAAAACUUAACUGAUUACUGGCAAAAUAUGUUAAAUCAAGAAAGAGAUGAAUUUCAGACAGAAUUAUCUAAGCUACAUAAAUCCAAUGAAGAAAUAAAAUAUAAUCUAGAAAAUCAAAUCCAAAGUUUGAAGUCGCAAUACGAUCAACUUAAAUCAGAAUUUACAAAUUACCAAACAAAAUCAAAAUCAGACUGUGAGAAACUCCGUAGGAAAAUCGGUGACUUACAAAUCAUUGAGGAGAAUUUAAAAAGAGAAUUAAACACAAAAGAUGAAAAGUUGAUUAACUUAGAAAAAGCGGGGAAUGCUAAAUAUUUUCAGCUGAGAAAAGAAUGUGAUGAAUUGUUGGAAAAGAUAAAAACAACUGAAGAUCAAAUAGAAUUGAAAAAUGAAAUACAGAUGAAUAAGCAGAAAGUGAUUUUAGCCUCCAAAUAUGAAGAUAUGCGAUCGAAACUGAAAGAAACACAAAAAUUACUAAAAACCUCUCAAAAUGAAGUACAGUCGUUAAAAAAUCAACUUUCUCUACAACAAUCAAACCUAAUCAACCUUAAAGAAAUAUUCACAUCAAAAUUAAAAAAUGCAAGACAACUAAGUGUUGGUUAUCUAUCAUAUAUCGAGGAAAUGAAAAGAGAAUUAUUACACAUCAAUAAACUUAUAAGACAAGAAAUGAAAACAAAAUAUGAAUGUUAUUAUCAGUGCUUAUUAGCGCAGAAAACUGCAGAUUUACGCAAGACAUUAUACACUGAAAUUGAACAGAAAGUGAAUAAGGAUAAGGAAAUAUCAAUUAAAAGUGUUACAUCAGUUAAACAAAAUGAAAUUGAUCAUCUACAACAAGUGAACAAUGAAUUAAAAUUAAAGUUGACCAGACAGUAUAAGGAGUAUGAAAAUGAAGUUACAAAGAUUAAACGUCAGGCGGAAGAAGCACUUAAUAAAGAAAAAUUGAUCAAUGAAGUGGCACUCAGGGAAAGUCUAGAAAAUCAGCUUGUAAAGUCAUCGGCUGAAAUCGAACAAUUAAAAAAUAAUUACGAAGUUCUGUCAAAACAAGCUAAGUUAGAAAAAAGUUCACGUUUCACUGAUCUAGUUGCUGAACUCGAUCGUAAAUGGUCUGAAACUGUUGGUCGUGAAUGUGCACGUGUACGUGGUGAAACAUGUAUGAAACUGGAGUUGGACUACAAGGUGAAAUUAGAAGAGAUCAGGAGAAGAUAUGAUCAUGAUUCUGAAGAUUUCAUUUAA